GUAUUCAUAAAAGCUCUCUUAAUAAGCAGGUUCGUCACAAAGUGCUUUGAUGAGAACAAAGGACACAAAUUCAGAUGAAACUGCAGAUAAACAAAAAAGAGCACUGUGCAUGUGCAUGUUUGUGUGUGUGCGUGGGUCUGGGUGUGUGUUGCUGUGCAUGUGCUUUUCUGUGUUUGUGUGUGUUCUUGAUGGAUGUGAGGUUUAGUUUUGAGUCAGAGGCAGCAGCAAAAGCCUAAGUCUGAGAGUGUGUGUAGGAUGAGCCUCCUACCACGUCCCUCCCUGUCUCUCAACUGUCUUUCUGCCUCCCCUCCAUCCUUUUCUUUCUUCUAUGUGUCAGCAUGUCUUCUGUAAAUGUCAUUACAGACAUAAAUUAGUGAUUUGAUUGCUCUUCACUGGCCGAUUAGCAAUAUUCCAUGUUUUCAACUUGAGACAGUUUGUUAGAAGUAGAAGACAUCAGACAACAACGAGAUCUGUAGUCUGCAUCCUUGACUGUGCAUACAUAUGAGUGCAUGUAUAUGUGUGUAUGCAUGUUUGUAUCCCUCACAGUGAUUAAAGCAAGUGGGCGGCAGCAGCAACUGGUCUGCCUGUGUGGCUCUGCAUAGCAGACAUGUUUCUCACUGCUAGAUAUUACUCAUUUCCUCAGCCCUUUGCACACACAAGCACACGCACACACACUCUUGACACACACAUGCUCACAGGCACAACAGACACGGAGACGGAUAGCAGACUCUCAGUUUUUUCCUUCAGUUUGGUGGGCUCGCUGGUGUUAUUUCACUCGUUCAGAGAUCAGAGGCAGGGCGUAGCUGCAGGCUGCUGAUAUCUGCGGGUGUUAGAGCCCAUGGCGGUGCUGUGAAGGAAGCACUGUGGCACAGUAAGGAGCUGGGAGGUGGGCUGACCCCCCUGGGAGGACUAGAAUAUGAAUGAGUACCAGCUCUGGGACAUCUCCUCACCCCGGUACCAAGGUGAGUGGUGCUUCAGUGCAAAAGCAGCAACAGCGAUCCAACAGUGAUGCUGUGUACCGGCCUUCCCUUCUGUGUGCACCCCUCGUUUUCCCGUGAGGCCCAUGUGACCUAACCUACACUAACACACAGGGGGCCCCCACUGCUGCUGGAGCCCACCCAUGAAUCCAAGCCCUGACCGCAGCAAAGAGCGCCUCCCUCCCAAAAAGAGGGAGUCUCGGCAAGGGUCUGCAGAACACCACGUCCCUCUGGAUGAGUUUAAACCGCCUGUGCCAUUUCGGAGUCGGCAUACUGCCAGUAGAGGGGAGGGAGGCAGGGAACACAGUGACCGGGACAGAGUUCUCGCUAACCCAAACUCCCAUCUCCUAAACAGUCCUCCAGCCCUUCCUACUCCAGCAUCAGGUCUCCAUGUGCCAUUACCAUGGUCGCUGAACUACUCUUCACCUGUUUCUCUUCCACAUUUUCCAAGCCAGGUCAGCGACAGAAGGAGCUCAGUGUCUCCUGCCUGGAGAGAUGAUCCCCUCACCUCAACCCUACCCCAUCACUCUAGGUGGCUCAGAGGGGAGGGACCACUAUCAUUGCCCCCCUCCCCAUCUUCUUCCUCAUUUAAGACUCCAUUUCCAGCAAGUACAAGAGAAAUGUGGUCCUACCUUAACACCGGUCGUCGGGAUUAUAGCUCUCUCUUUUCUCCUUCCUACUUGUUUAGCCCUCACUCUUUGUAUCCCCAAGACCCCAGCUUAGUUGAUGUAAGACCUAGAUACAAAAGGCCUAAUGGCUUAGAUGGGUCAGGCAGCAGGACUGCCUCAGUUUCCAGGCCUCUCCUCACUGGAGAGUAUGGGAAUGACAGCAGCAGAUCUAGGCUUGAUGUAAGUCAAUAUACUUUGCAUGCCAAUGGUGUACGUAGACAGCAGGAGGACCUGAUCUCCCCUGUCCAUUCUGCAGGGGCAUUUUUGUCAGAUUCUCAACCUCAAGUAAGCCCUGAACCACAUUCCUCACUGCAGGAAACAAAUCAGUCUGGGAAGACCAGCUCCACUUCCCUCCCCACUAGUCCACAUACCCUUGGACCAGAUGCAAGGGCUGGCAGAGGUGGACUUCUGGAUCAUGGGGGGGCUACACCAUCUGAGGCCCAAUAUUACCCCUUUGGAUCAGUCACCCAUCCCAGUCCUCACCCCCAGGCCUAUCCUCUCUCCAGCUCCUCAGGAACACUUUCAUACAGUCUGCAUAGGGAGCCAGGUCCAAGGCAGCACACACUAAGGAAUUCACCACACUCACCCCUUAGUCUGCCUAACAGUCAUGACAGGUCACAAAGAGAGUGGGAUAGAGACCUAGAAAGAGACAAAGUCCUCCAGAGGGACAGGGAAAAAGGUAAAGUAAAAGAUAAGCAAUUACAUCAUGACAAAGACCAAGAAAGAGAGAGUGAGCGUGAGAGACGACGCAACAGAGAGAGAGGGAGAGAUUUUUCUCCUUCCAAUCCUCAGACAUCAUCCCCAGCCCUGCGCCCAUCUCCCCCUGCACUCCUACCUCAUUUCACCAAGGGGUCUCUGAUUGAGCUGGCCAGCGGGCGGUUGAAACGAGUGGAGGAGCUGAGGACAGAAGACUUUCUGAGGAGUGCAGAUACAUCCCCUGAGUUCCACCUCAGCACCUGCACUGUUCUGGUGAUUUCCCCAAGCAGUACACAGGGUUUCAGUCACCUGCAGGUUCACCUUACAGAUCGCAACUCUCAGGAGUUACUGCAGGUCUUGGUGGAGUACCCGUUCUUUGUGCAAGACCUGGGCUGGUCUUCCUGCUCUCCUCAGAGAACUACACAGCUGUAUGGCCUGCCCUGCCGUCAGCUUAGUGAGGGUGAUGUUUGCCUAGCCCUAACCCCAAUGCCCACACAAACUCAGCGGACACCCAGCCGCACCAGCUCUAGGGCUCAUCGCACGCAACUGCUCCCCAGAGCUCCAGCAGAUUCAAGCAGCUCGCAAAGGGAGGAGAUGCCACCACCACCUCCACCCCCUCCACUUCCUUCCCAGCCACCCCUUUUAACACCAGGCCCUUCUUGCAAACUGGCUACAGAUACUCCCGCAAAGGAGCAGCAACGGCCUCGUAAACGGCGCUGGUCUGCACCAGACACACUUCCCUCAACCAGAACUGAUAAAAGCCUCCUGGAUUUACCUCAUGGCUCCAAGCUAAUGAAGUGGCAGUAGAAACUUGCACAUGCAUACUUACACAAACAUGAGCACACACACACCCUCCUUGUCUCUGUUGAUCCUACCAAGACAAACAGUGGAGAGACCUCAAGGUAGGGUUGCAGGGAAGAUAUACACAACAAUAGAAGACACAAAUUACAAGUGAUAUGUCUAAUUCAUAAAGACGUAGCCCCUGCUGACCCUUUCCUUUCCUCUCCUAUCCUACCCUUUAUUUUCUUUUCAUUCCUUUCCUUUCCCUUUCUUCUUUUCCUUUCCUGUUAAUUCCAUUCCCUUACCCUUUCCUGUUCUGAAAGAAGCAGCAGGGUGCAUGUCAAUUCGCUCCUUCACCAUUUGGUACUAUUGUAGUUUUGGCCAUUUUAUAACUGAUUAUUUUGCACACAAAAGAGUGCUAUCCACCAUAGGGACGUUUUACACUGACCAUGCAUCAGCUUGUAUCAAUCACACCCGUGUUUGUUUCCAUGAUUCAAAGAAAAUAUCUACAUCCUACUUACUGUAAAGAGAUGUGUUUCUAUAACUCCAAUACAUAAUAUCUUACAAGAUCACUUAAAGGUAUUUUGGUUUGCCAUUGGGUUCUAAUCUAUAAUUUUUCAAGUGAUCUAAAUGGAACAGAGUGAAGUACAUAAUCUUCAGGUAUUGAUAUACAGUUGAACGAAAUUACAUGAAAGUUUCCACUAUUACUACCAUUUUUCUCCAUAACUGACAAAAUACAUAACAGCCUCAAAUAAACUGAUGCACCAUGGUAUAAGUUCAUAAGAGAGUAUUCAAUUAUUUAUUCAAGUGCAUAAAAUAGAAGCAGGAAGGGAUGAAAUGGUAACGCUUAGAUUCAAAUUUGAGUACGAACUGGUGAAGGGGUGAAUUCACUCAGAGAUAUAGCAGCAACUAAUUGACUCUUUACAAAGACACUGAAGAUAUUUAAUGAGACAAUCAAGCACUUGUCUGUGUUCACUCUGUUUUUGCUAUGGUCGUCCCACAUACCUUCUCAAUAAAAGUAAUUACUGCAGGGUAUUUUCAAUCAGUGUUAUGAAAGUAAACGCUAUUGAGGAAUUGCAUAUAUAUAUAUAUAUAUAUAUAUAUAUAUAUAUAUAUAUAUAUAUAUAUAUAAACAAAUUUUAAAUUUUAACUAUAUAUAUAUAUAUAUUACAUUACAGAUGUUAUAUACAGUAAAUAUGCUAAACAGAUUUAAUGCAAUUUCUGUCAAUCUUGCAAUGCAGUUUUUCUUUAAUUGUUUCUUUUCUUGCAUCGGAGCCGAUGUUUUCACACCGGCCUGGGCAGGCAAGGUGAAUGUAUGAGCAACACUUCGCCUUUUUUUGUAAUUCUUAUCACUGGGAGUCAUUUCAAAAGGUUGUUCAUCAAAGCAUUACUCUCCAAUAUGUUCUUAACAUUAUCUCUGAGAAAGGGAGAACACUAAUGAAAACUGCGUAACAGACAAUCCCACCCACACAGACAGGUCUGUGCCACAUCGCCUCGACACUUAUGGUGUUUUUCCAUUAAAAACUGAAUGAUGGAAGGAGUAAAAAAGGUGCAGUAUGGCUGAAGAGUAAUGGUGCUAAUAACACGUUGGAACAUGAUGCUUUGUGAAUGCUCUUGACCCCUGUGUGUACUGUACGCUUCAGUUCCCGUCUCAUUUUUUAAUGUACUGUAUAUGUUCGAAGGCAGGGAAAAAAUGAUGAAAGUAUUUUAAACUCAGAUACGGGUAAAUCAUCUGAUUCAGCACUCUCUAUCACUUUAGUUGUUUUUUUUAAUUAUUAUUUUAAAGGAGAAAAAUCUUACCUGUUACUUUAUUUUCUUUUUAAAUGUUACAGCUACAAAAAUGUAUAUUUUUAAAAAAAAUUGUGAAUCUGUUAUAUGAUGUUCGAUAGAAAUAAAUGAGAAAAAAGCUUUAUA